AUGCACUUCCCCACUUGCUUCGUCGCAUUCCUCGCCUGUACCGCUUCAACGGCUGCUUCGCCGCUUACACCACGGCAAACCAGCCUGGAAGACUGGCAAGUCUCCAGCGUCAGCGUCUUCACGCCGUCCGGCCGCCCAGCAAGCUACCCGUGGGCGACGAUCCGAGCCAACGUGACGGACCCGAAUGAAAUCCACCUUGGAAACUCGAGCUCCGACGGGUCUCCCGUUGUUGUGCCUGGCGGAAGCCAGGGCCUGCUAGAACUGCGAGGCCAAACAAAGCAGUCCAAGAGGCAGUGUGCGGAGAAGGCCAGGCGGCCGACCGAUAAUAUUUAUGAUACAGACGUCACGCAUCUUGACGCCUGGGCCGAGGGAUCAGCGUGA